CUCGACGUCUUCUUAUUCCUCUGAUCCCCUCCAACUCUUUCCCCCUCCUAUACUGUUAUUCAAUAUCGUUAAGGGUCGUUCGUUCCAUUUAGCGGGAACUCUGUGAGGGGAAGAUACGCAGCAAAGCGAGAUUGAUAUCGCACGGCAGAUCGAAUAUACCAUAACGAAUCCCUGGCUCGAUAUGGCACGCCAAUAAGACUAGUCUGGAAAACACCAAAAGACGAGGCGACUUCUUAAUAUUAUCUAGCAGGCGUCCCAUCGGCAAAUCGGUUGCGAUCGACGACGAAUGUAUUCCGGGAUUGCCAUCUACCGCGAUAAUAUUUAGAACCCACGAACCGCCUCCCUGGCAGCAAAUUAUCAAACUCCCAGUUAACUCUCCAACGACACCGCUCUUCUCCCACAUGUUGGGCGAAAGACAGUUGACCUUGCGUUGACGAGAGAAUCCCCACCGGGGGAUAAUAUUCAAUCUGGCGACGGAAGACAGGACAUAACCGAGAGACGUCGCCGGAAUCAUGGGCAAGUUUGCAUUCCCAGGCCGCAAGAAGCAGCCUCCAAAGGUGACCGUCACCGCACCGCCUAUGAGCAAAGCUCAAAAGAUUCUCGGAUCGUCAGCUCUCAACAUCGACGCUCCUCAGCAAUGGGACAAUUUCUCCAGCUCAAAGGUCAACCUGGCGGCACCUGGCGCUCCUGAGACAUCUCAGGCGCAGCCGAGCCAUGGCCAUAGCCGUGGUUCUCCUGUGAGACAUGAUCGUGGAAUGCGGGAAUGGGGAGAUGAGUCCGAGAUCGUGCCGCGGCAAUUCAGAGUCAAUGGAGCGCCUACCGAUGAGUAUGACGAGGAUAUGUCUGACAUGACUAGCAUUCUCCGGAAACGACAGUCUUCUUCGACACUUCAUUCUUGGUAUGACAAGACUAAGCAACCCCUCGCCAUAUCCCAACAGACGUCAGCUUCAGCUAUGGCGAAAGGACUACCGUCAAAAGCGGAAAGAAUGCUGGAUAUGGAGAACUCCAUUGCGGAGGCGAAGCUAAGGAAAAAGAAGCCUGCAAAACUGGAUUUGUCUCACUUGAUGGGGCGAUCUCGAGGCAAGAAGACCGAGCAUCAGUGGGAGGGUCCGAUGCUGGGCCAAGUUGUUCGAUCACCAUCUAUCCUGUCGCCAACAAGCACGCCAUCUCUACGAGGCAAGCUUUCAAGACGGCCUACGAAGGAGAGUCUGAGGUCAAUGAACUCGGAAGAAGCCAGUCGGCCAAAGACAGGCGAGAGCAACAAUCGCAGACAGCACAACCACCUAAAUGGGCUACCUAACCUCUACGAGCAUUACGAGCAAAUGUCUUUCCGCUCAAUCGCUGACGAUGAGUUGGAUGCGCCGGAUCCGGUAGAAAAGACCGUGAAGAAGUCUAAAUCCAAAGAUUUGCUUCAACUCAAACCCACUGUUUCUCAUCAAAGCAAGCAUGAGCAUCGACCCAUACCACCGGCUCAUGACGAGCAAAUCAUUUCACAAUACGCUAAACGCAAUUUACCUCAAACGCCCCAAGCUAUCCUGGCCAGCAAACCUGGUCAAUCUUCACCUACAGACUGCGCUGCUAGUGUUUCUAGUAGACACACGAGGACGUCUAAGGCUUCGAAGCGCACCAGUAGGAGUUUCCAAGAGUCUGAUCUUCAGGAAAAGAGUGUUCUAUCACUCUCUUCGGACUCCGAAGAUGAUGUUUACAUUGAGUCAUCUUCAAAGGGCCCUGCAUCGAUUCCAGAGUAUGCGACGUCGGAAGCUGGAUCUUCUAUCGACUUCCGCCCAAGCACCGCACGAACUAGCUCAAGUGCCGAUAACAGCUCAAAGCGACUCAGCAGAUCGAGCAAGCGAACAUCGAACUCCAACAAUUAUCUGACCAUCCCCAACGGCCACCAUCGAAAUCCUGUCGUGACUCCGCGGACCAGCUCCCUUUCCGGGAGCUCGACAAACACGAUUCAGGAGGGCACCGCCGGACAAUCACCAUCACAAAGCUUAUCCAGCUCAUCAGCAAACACAUCGAAUACAUGGCAAAGCAAGCCAAGCUUCAACUCUCAAGAAGCCAAGGUUGUCGCCUUGUAUCCCGACCAGAGACGUCCAGAUUCUACUGAUUCCGAGCAAGAUAAGGAAGUGGAUUCUGAGAACGAUCCUGAACCAGAGCUCGACUUCCUUCCUGCGAUGAGAUACGUUCCCCAUGAAUCUAUCUCUACCAACGCUGAUGCGCCCACGCCCCCCCUGAGUCCAAGCUCCGUCGACUUCUACAUUCGCUCUGCCCACUCUUCUAUCGAUGGCAAGGGAAGCCAUAACCGCUUCAUGGCUGUUACUCGCCAGGAGGAGAUGCUUCUGGCCGCCCUCCGCCACAAGCGACAGAUCAUGCGCGGUUCUAUCCUUUCUGAGAUGGAAGAGAACAGCCGAAACGAGAAGGCCAACCAUAAGGGCCACCAGUCGAAGCCCUCCGAGGCCACCAUCACCGAAGAGACCUUCGACCUCGACUUGGAUUUCCCUGCUCCUCCUACCUUCAAAGAUAAGACCACAGUUGCUGCUGAUGGCACCACGGUUAUCGACUUGAGCCACCAAAAUUGGUCUGGCAAAUCUGAAGCCACCACUUCUACUCAUCACUCUAAUAAAAAGGUUCAUGAGCCUAAACCUCAUAACAAUGAUCACCAUCAGCGCGAGCGUAUUCUUCUCUAUAUCGACAAGGGUCUUGCUGCAGAGCACUCUAUCGAGGAUGCUGAGCCCAGUCCUGAUCUCAGCGACUUUUACGAUUACGAAUUCGAAGACGAAUCUGAGGGUUCAGAGGUUGUCCCUGAUGUUGUCCCUGAGGUUGUCAUGUACACCCAGCAGCGUCGCCACAGCGAGCGAAAGGAGCGUCAGUCAGUUGUCAAGCGUCGAACGAGCCGAUCGCGUCAACGAAGCCCUCAGCCUCAUAGCGAGAAUCUCGAGGUUGGUGUUCCCCGACCCGACAGCCCCAUCUCCCCUGAUGCUCUUUCUACUGUGGCCCCUCGAGUCAACAAGAAGAUGGCUCGUCUGAGUGCUGUUGGACCCCCUGCGAAAUGGGGGUUUGAGGACUAGACAUCAUACCAUAUCACACAUAUCGACUGCGAUUUACGAUACGUUCCACCAACGUUCACUUUUCAUUUAUACAUAUUUUAAAACAGCAUUCUGGGGAUUGGAGUAUUUUAUUUCUUGGAUACCUCGGUCACUUUGAUGAUCACGCACAUCAAACAUUUUCCUUUGUCGGCGAUGAUUACCUGCGAUCUACUCUUUAUCUUUCCUGGAGUACUUCAGCUAAAGCGGCGUACUGGGGAUAUCUAAGGCCCCUUUGUCAUGAAAGUGGAACGGAGAAAUUUCCCUAAACGACUAUGCCCAACUCUCUUAAGGAUAUCUCGAAAUGUCUAGCCUUAUACCAUCUCUACGAAAAUCGACUUUGCUUUGAGUCAUCGGGUCUGGGAUUGGUCUUGAGGACAGGCGCAAGAGCGAGUAGCAAUUUUGUUCUCUGACGAACGUGACGAAAAGCCAAUAGGAAUUGGAGGAUACUGGGACUGUAAUGUGAUGAAGACGGAAGGGAAGGGAGAGGCAUUCUGCAGCUUUGUAUAUCAUAUUGUAGUUCGCGAUCGUUAUAAUCGCAUAUAUUCUCGAACAACAGCGGAGUAUGGCCUGUUGGCUUCUUUCUUACUCCAUCUUAAAAGACUUUGUUGAUCUUCAA